AUGGCCCAAGGAGCAAAGAAAUUUAAAGCCCAGCGUCCGGGAGCGGCCAAAAAAACCCAACAGAACAAACAGAAAGGACCCAAAAAAGGAGGGAGGAUCAUUGCACCUAAGAAAGCUCAAGUUGUCCAGCAGCAGAAGCUGAAGAAGGGUCUGGAGGUCGCCAUCAGGAACAAGAUCGAGCAGGAGGUGACCCAGAGGGCCAGCUCCUCCCUCCAUAAACCCCUGUCCGUGGUGAAGGGGGCCGAGGGAAAAGGACCCCCAGGAGCUCCCCGUCCUGGAACCUCCAAAUAG